AUGGCUCAGGCGGCCAAGCAGCUGAAGAAGAUCAAAGACAUCGAGGCGCAGGCCCUCCAGGAGCAGAAGGAGAAGGAGGAGUCCAACAGGAAGCGCAGGAACCGCUCCCGUGACCGCAAGAAGAAGGCCGAUGCCGCCACCAGCUUUCUGAGGGCAGCAAGAUCAGGUAACUUGGACAAAGCUUUGGAUCACCUGCGGAAUGGGGUAGAUAUUAACACCUGUAACCAGAAUGGCUUGAACGGCUUGCAUCUGGCCUCUAAAGAAGGCCACGUGAAAAUGGUGGUUGAACUUCUGCACAAAGAAAUCAUUCUAGAAACGACAACCAAGAAAGGGAACACGGCUCUGCACAUCGCCGCGCUGGCAGGGCAGGAUGAGGUGGUCCGGGAGCUGGUCAACUAUGGCGCCAACGUCAACGCCCAGUCGCAGAAAGGCUUCACCCCCCUGUACAUGGCAGCGCAGGAGAACCACUUGGAAGUGGUGAAGUUUUUACUGGAGAAUGGAGCCAACCAGAACGUAGCCACGGAAGACGGCUUCACACCCCUCGCCGUGGCACUGCAGCAGGGCCACGAGAACGUGGUGGCUCACCUCAUCAACUAUGGGACGAAGGGCAAGGUGCGCCUGCCGGCCCUGCACAUCGCGGCCCGCAACGACGACACCCGGACGGCCGCGGUGCUUCUGCAGAACGACCCCAACCCCGACGUGCUUUCCAAGACGGGAUUCACCCCCCUGCACAUCGCAGCUCACUACGAGAACCUCAGCGUGGCCCAGCUGCUCCUCAACAGGGGGGCCAGCGUCAACUUCACACCACAGAACGGCAUCACGCCACUGCACAUUGCCUCCCGCAGGGGGAACGCAAUCAUGGUGCGGCUCCUGCUGGACCGGGGAGCCCAGAUAGAAACAAGGACCAAGGAUGAAUUGACACCUCUCCACUGUGCAGCUCGGAAUGGGCACGUGCGAAUCUCAGAGAUCCUGUUGGACCACGGGGCACCCAUCCAAGCCAAAACCAAGAACGGCCUGUCCCCAAUCCACAUGGCGGCUCAGGGAGACCACCUCGACUGUGUCCGACUCCUGUUGCAGUACGACGCAGAGAUCGACGACAUCACCCUGGACCACCUGACCCCACUCCAUGUGGCCGCCCAUUGCGGCCACCACAGGGUGGCCAAGGUCCUCUUGGAUAAAGGGGCCAAACCCAACUCCAGAGCCCUGAAUGGCUUUACGCCCUUACACAUCGCCUGCAAGAAGAACCACAUCCGGGUCAUGGAGCUGCUGCUGAAAACGGGCGCCUCCAUCGACGCGGUCACCGAGUCUGGCCUGACGCCGCUCCACGUGGCCUCCUUCAUGGGGCACCUGCCCAUCGUGAAGAACCUCCUGCAGCGGGGAGCGUCGCCCAACGUCUCCAACGUGAAAGUGGAGACCCCACUACACAUGGCAGCCAGAGCAGGGCACACGGAAGUGGCCAAAUAUUUACUGCAGAACAAAGCCAAAGUCAACGCCAAGGCCAAGGAUGACCAGACCCCACUUCACUGUGCAGCUCGCAUUGGCCACGCGAACAUGGUGACGCUCCUGCUGGAGAACGGCGCCAACCCGAACCUGGCCACCACUGCCGGGCACACGCCCCUGCACGUCGCAGCCCGCGAGGGCCACGUGGAAACGGCCUCGGCCCUUCUGGAAAAGGAAGCAUCCCAGGCCUGCAUGACCAAGAAAGGAUUUACCCCCCUCCACGUGGCGGCCAAGUACGGGAAGGCGCGGGCGGCAGAGCUGCUGCUGGAGCGGGACGCACAUCCAAACGCCGCCGGGAAGAACGGCUUGACGCCCCUGCACGUGGCCGUUCACCACAACAACCUGGACAUCGUCAGGCUGCUGCUUCCCCGGGGCGGCUCCCCGCACAGCCCGGCCUGGAAUGGCUACACCCCUCUGCACAUCGCUGCCAAGCAGAACCAGAUGGAGGCGGCCCGCAGUCUGCUGCAGUACGGGGCAUCGGCGAACGCCGAGUCGGUGCAAGGUGUGACUCCCCUUCACCUGGCUGCACAGGAGGGUCACGCGGAGAUGGUCGCUUUGCUGCUCUCGAAACAAGCCAACGGCAACCUGGGGAACAAGAGUGGACUCACUCCCCUCCACCUGGUAGCACAAGAAGGCCACGUUCCAGUGGCAGACGUGCUGAUCAAACAUGGUGUCGCGGUGGAUGCCACCACUCGGAUGGGGUACACCCCGCUCCACGUGGCCAGUCACUAUGGAAACAUCAAGCUGGUGAAGUUCCUGCUGCAGCACCAGGCAGAUGUCAACGCCAAGACCAAGCUAGGAUACAGCCCCUUGCACCAGGCAGCCCAGCAAGGACACACAGACGUCGUGACUCUGCUUCUGAAAAAUGGUGCUUCCCCAAACGAGGUCAGCUCGAACGGAACCACACCUCUGGCCAUAGCCAGGCGUUUGGGCUACAUUUCCGUCACAGACGUGCUCAAGGUUGUCACCGAUGAAACCAGUGCCAUGUUAGUCAGUGACAAGCACCGGCUGAGCUUCCCUGAGACGGUGGACGAGAUCCUGGAUGUCUCCGAAGACGAAGGAACUGCUCAUAUAACUAUAAUGGGGGAAGAGCUUAUCGGCUCCAAGGCUGAGAGGCGAGAUUCCAGGGAUGUCGACGAAGAGAAGGAGCUGCUGGAUUUUGUGCCCAAGCUAGACCAAGUGGUGGAAUCUCCAGCCAUCCCCAGGAUCCCCUGCGUCACCCCCGAGACAGUGGUGAUCAGAUCAGAAGAGCCAGAGCAGGCAUCCAAAGAGUACGAUGAAGACUCGCUUGUGCCCAGCAGCCCGGCCACGGAGACCUCCGACAACAUCAGCCCCGUGGCCAGCCCGGUCCACACAGGGUUCCUGGUGAGCUUCAUGGUGGACGCCCGCGGAGGCUCCAUGCGAGGGAGCCGCCACAACGGCCUGCGGGUGGUGAUCCCGCCACGGACGUGCGCGGCGCCCACGCGCAUCACCUGCCGCCUGGUGAAGCCCCAGAAGCUGAGCACGCCGCCCCCGCUGGCCGAGGAGGAGGGCCUGGCCAGCAGGGUCAUCGCCCUGGGGCCCACGGGGGCGCAGUUCUUGAGCCCUGUGAUCGUGGAGAUCCCCCACUUCGCCUCCCAUGGCCGGGGGGACCGCGAGCUCGUGGUUCUGAGGAGUGAAAACGGCUCUGUGUGGAAGGAGCACAAGAGCCGCUACGGAGAGAGCUACCUGGAGCAGAUCCUCAGCGGCCUGGACGAAGAGCUGGGGAGCCUGGAGGAGCUGGAGAAGAAGAGGGUCUGCCGCAUCAUCACCACCGACUUCCCGCUGUACUUCGUGGUCCUGUCUCGGCUCUGCCAGGACUGCGACACCGUCGGCCCCGAGGGCGGCGUGCUGAGGAGCAGGCUGGUGCCCCUGGUGCAGGCGACGUUCCCGGAAAACGCCGUCACUAAGAGGGUGAAGCUGGCUCUGCAGGCCCAGCCUGUCCCGGAUGAGCUAGUCACCAAACUCCUGGGCAACCAGGCCACCUUCAGCCCCAUUGUCACCGUGGAGCCAAGGCGCCGGAAGUUCCACCGCCCCAUCGGGCUCCGGAUCCCGCUCCCUCCUUCGUGGACCGACAGCCCAAGGGACAGCGGGGAGGGGGACACCACCAGCCUGCGCCUGCUCUGCAGCGUCGUGGGAGGAACAGAACAAGCCCAGUGGGAAGAUAUAACAGGAACCACUAAACUUGUGUAUGCCAACGAGUGCGCCAACUUCACCACCAAUGUCUCCGCCAGGUUUUGGCUGUCGGACUGUCCUCGGACUGCUGAGGCUGUGAACUUUGCCACCCUGCUGUACGAAGAGCUCACAGCAGUGCCCUACAUGGCCAAGUUUGUCAUUUUUGCCAAGAUGAAUGACCCCCGAGAAGGGCGCCUGCGCUGCUACUGUAUGACGGACGAUAAAGUGGACAAGACCCUGGAGCAGCACGAGAACUUCGUGGAGGUGGCCCGCAGCAGAGACAUAGAGGUCUUGGAAGGAAUGCCCCUCUUUGCGGAACUCUCUGGAAACCUGGUACCUGUCAAAAAAGCCGCCCAGCAGCGGAGCUUCCUCUUCCAGUCGUUCCGGGAGAACCGUCUGGCCAUCCCCGUGAAGGUGAGGGACAGCAGUCGCGAGCCAGGCGGGUCCCUGUCCUUUCUGCGCAAGGCGAUGAAGUAUGAGGACACGCAGCACAUCCUCUGCCACCUGAACGUCACCAUGCCCCCCUGCACCAAGGGCAGCGGCGCCGAAGACAGGAGGAGGACGCUGACGCCCCUGGCCCUGAGAUACAGCGCCCUCAGCGAGUCCAGCCUGGGUUUUCUCAGCGGGACAGACCGUGCAGAUAUGAAGAUGGCCAUCAUCUCAGAGCACCUCGGCCUCAGCUGGGCGGAGUUGGCGCGGGAGCUGCAGUUCAGCGUGGAGGACGUCAACAGGAUCCGCGUGGAAAACCCUAAUUCCUUGCUGGAGCAGAGCGCAGCCUUGCUGAACCUCUGGGUCCUGCGUGAAGGCAAAGACGCCAAGAUGGAGAACCUGUAUGCGGCCCUGCGGAGCAUCGACCGGAGCGAGAUCGUGAACAUGCUGGAGGGCCCUGGCAGGCAGGGCCGCAACCUGAAGCCAGACCGGCGGCACGCGGACCGCGACUACUCGCUGUCGCCCUCCCAGAUGAAUGGUUACUCCUCGCUGCAGGACGAGCUGCUGUCCCCCGCCUCACUGCACUAUGCGCUUCCCUCUCCGCUGCGUGCAGACCAGUACUGGAACGAGGUGGCCGUCAUAGACGCCAUCCCCCUGGCCGCCACGGAGCAUGAUGCCAUGCUGGAGAUGUCUGACAUGCAGGUGUGGUCCGCGGGCCUCACGCCCUCCCUGGUCACUGCUGAGGACUCCUCUCUGGAGUACAGCAAGGCCGAGGACUCUGACGCCACAGGCCGAGAGUGGAAGUUGGAGGGAGCGCUCUCGGAGGACCCGCGGGGCCCCGAGCUGGGCUCUCUGGACCUCGUGGAGGACGACACAGUGGACUCAGAUGCCACAAAUGGCCUUAUCGAUUUGCUUGACCACGAGGAAGGUCAGAGGUCAGAAGAGAAGCUGCCAGGUCAUAGGAGGCAGGAUGACUGGCCACAUGCAGGGCAGGACGCAGAGAGUGAGGUGUCUCUUGUUUCAGGCCAGCAGCGGGUGCGAGCCCGAGUCACAGCCUCGCCCACCGUGAGUCGGGUGGUGGACAGGACCCAGGACAGACUGCAGGACUGGGAUGAGGAAGGCUCCAUUGCCUCGUACCUGCAAGAGGCCGCACAAGGCUCCUGGCAAGAGGAGGCCCCGCCAGGCCCACACUCGUUCCAGAGGACAAGCCCCACCACCCAAGCACUGGAGCCCAGCGGGUACCUGCAGUCCGAGGAGGCCGGGAGCCCCUGGGCGGCACAGGUGAGAGCCCGUGGGCCGCCCGAGCCCGGGGCCAAACGUAGCACUGUAGUCCCUGCUCUGUGGACGCCCACGCACCCAUCUGAGCGCUCUCUCUUUCUCUCCUUCCAGGGGAACGAGCUUCAGAAUAUUCCAGGGGAGCAGGUGACAGAGGAACAGUUCACGGAUGAGCAGGGCAACUUUGUUACCAAGAAGAUCACUCGCAAGGUCGUCCGACAGAUAGACUCAUCCGGCGCCGAUGACACCCUGGAGCACGAGGAGGUGGAGCUGAGAGGGAGUGGCCUGCAGCCGGACCUCCUAGAGGGCAGGAAGGGGGCUCAGAUAGUGAAGCGGGCCAGCCUGAAAAGGGGGAAGCAGUGA